AUGAGCGGCUUCGGAGCGUUCGUUCGAGGCGUCCGCGCGGACGUCGCGUCGAGACGCGACGCGAGGCGAUCGGCGACCGAGGACGCGGCGACGACGACGGGCGCCGCGCGCGCGCCGUUCCUCUCAACGCGUCUCAAGCCGAUAUCCGACGCGAGGAAGUUGUGGGCGAGCGCGACGCAGAGCAGGCUGGGGGUGGAGACGUCGUUCUCGGGGGGAUCCGACCGAGUGGCGUUCGUCACGGAGCCGAGGACGGGGCUGAAGCUUCCGGGUGCGCGUCGUUCGCGUCGUCCACGUCGCGUCGUCGUCGUCGUCGUCGCCGCCGCCGCCUCCGCCGCCGCGCGUUCGUCCGUCUCGCGAUGA